AGGAAGCACUACUAGCAGCAGCAGCAGCAGCAACAAAAAGAGGUAUAUUCGAGAUGACAUUAGCCACAGAAUUUGCAGAGACCACCCGUCGUUCCUUGACCUCGCCAGACAUGCAAAAAAGGGUGAUCCACCUCUACCGUCGAUUUAUUAGAGGUGCUCCAACAUUUGUCGAACUCUACGAAUUGAACAUGCCCAUCUCCUCUGUGAAGACAAAAAUCAGACAGAACUUUGAAAGAAACAGAUACAUCUCCGACCUCAGCAUCAUCAACAUUAUAUACAUGAAGGGCCAGAUGGAGUACCAAGAGUCUAUAAAUUUCUGGAAGCAACAGUGCCAGGUUAUGAAAUACUUCAAAGAUGAAGAAGUGUAUGAAACUGCUGACAACUCCUUUGUCUCCAAGUUCCUCAGGGGUAAUUGAGCCCUCUGGUUGCAAGAGUACUUUGUUUAUAUUCCAGUUUGUUCUUUCUCAUGUUGCACUUCUACAAUUCUAUACUUACCUUUAAUCUACAGUAUCACAGUACUUUUCAGGGCUCAAACUGCCCAUCAAGCCCUAAGCGGCCCGUCCGCUUCCGGUAGGGCUCAAAGUAGUUCAUCUUUUGGAGAUGAAUAAUGGCUGAUCAGAGAAAUAAAC